AUGUAUAUUCCUAUCUAUCUAUAUAGUCAUAUACAUAUUCAUAUCUAUCUAUCUAUCUAUCUAUUUAUCUAUCUAUCAUAUCUCUAUCUAUCUAUCUAUCUAUCUAUCUAUCUUAAUAUAUAUCUUCUCUAUCUCUCCUCUCUCUUUAUCUCAUUCUAUUCAUAUCUAUUUACCUAUUACACUCUAUUCACAUCUAUCUAUCUAUCUAUCUUAAUAUAUAUAUAUCUAUAUCUUCUCUAUCACUCAUCUCUCUCUCCCUCUCUCUCUCUCCCUCUCUCUCUCUCUCUCUAUCUAUCUAUCUAUCUAUCUCAUCCUAUUCAGAUCUAUCUAUUUACCUAUCACACUCUAUUCAUAUCUAUCUAUCUAUCUAUCUAUCUAUCUAUCUAUCUAUCUAUCUAUCUAUCUAUCUAUCUAUCUAUCUAUCUCUCUCUCUAUCUCAUUCUAUUCAUAUCUAUUUACCUAUUACACUCUAUUCACAUCUAUCUAUCUAUCUAUCUAUCUAUCUAUCUAUCUUAA